UUUCAGUGAUGCAGCAAGCAAGUAACCACUGAUGGCAUCACCCUCGUAGUACGAGUCUCAAUUCAAAUUGAAACUCAGUUCAACUCUGUACUUUGAUGUGUGGAUGUGAAGAGGCAGAGAACGGUUUGACUCAUCAAAGACAACAGCAGGAAAUAAUCUCCAGCCAGAAGAAUACAGGAUCAUUUGAAAGAUUUAAAAGACAUUGAUAACCAUGUCUUCUGCGGAAGAUACAAAGCCCAAUGCAGGUGGUGAUGCUAAAUCAGUUAAACCUCAGACAACCUCUACGACAUCUUCAUCUGCUGCUGCUGCUGCUGCUAGUAAUCUCCCAAAGAGACCAAACUACUCUCUGAAAUUUACAUUAGCUGGCCAUACAAAAGCAGUAUCGUCUGUCAAAUUCAGCCCCAAUGGAGAGUGGCUUGCUAGCUCAUCGGCGGACAAACUUAUCAAGAUAUGGGGAGCAUACGAUGGGAAGUUUGAGAAGACUAUUUCAGGUCACAAACUAGGUAUAUCAGACGUUGGCUGGUCCAGCGAUUCAAGGCUUCUCGUCUCAGCAUCAGAUGAUAAGACACUUAAAAUCUGGGAUUUUAACACAGGCAAAUGUCUAAAAACAUUGAAGAGUCACAGUAAUUAUGUAUUCUGCUGUAACUUUAACCCACAAUCAAAUCUCAUCGUCUCGGGAUCGUUUGAUGAGAGUGUAAAGAUUUGGGAUGUGAAGACAGGAAAGUGCCUCAAGACGUUACCGGCUCACUCUGAUCCUGUUUCAGCUGUUGAUUUUAACAGGGAUGGUUCUCUGAUUGUAUCCAGUAGUUAUGAUGGUCUAUGUCGAAUUUGGGAUACAGCAUCAGGACAGUGUUUGAAAACACUGAUAGAUGAUGACAAUCCCCCAGUCUCUUAUGUCAAGUUCUCACCGAAUGGAAAAUACAUCUUGGCUGCAACGUUAGACAACACAUUGAAGCUGUGGGACUACAGUAAAGGAAAAUGUCUAAAGACAUACACUGGUCACAAGAAUGAGAAAUACUGCAUCUUUGCAAACUUCUCUGUCACAGGAGGAAAGUGGAUUGUAUCAGGAUCAGAGGAUAAUAUGGUGUAUAUAUGGAAUCUACAGACGAAAGAAAUUGUACAGAAACUACAAGGACAUACAGAUGUCGUCCUGUGCACGUCAUGCCAUCCAACGGAAAACUUGAUUGCAUCAGCAGCGCUGGAGAACGACAAGACGAUAAAAAUAUGGAGAUCAGACUGCUAACGAUGGAGGGCAUUUUUAUUGUACAGUAUUCUUGUGUAAAUCUUGAACUUUGACCUUCCAUUGUCUGCUAUUUCCUGUUUGGAUUCCUCUGGAGUCGCCAAGCUUUGUAAAGGAACAAUUCUUAAUCAAGUUUACCCAGCAUUGGAGAUGAUCUGUCAACUCUUUUUUGGGAGAAAGAACAGAGCUUUUUUUACUCUUGGAGACAUUGUGGACUAGAACUAUGAAUGAAAUUUAAGAAUGAACCCUUGGUGGAAAAAAUACCAAGCUCACCGGCAAAUAAUUUUGGGUUUAGUAAUUAGUUGCAAAGCUUUUGUUUUUAAUUGCUGGACUUGAUUUGAAAGAAACUGGAAAUUAAUUUUAGAAUUUUCUAUUCAAUAUUCAGGUACUGCUACAGUAGAACAGAUCAAAUGAAUGUGCAGAGAUCAUGCGAUUUCAAUUGAUUGUUCUUUUGAGUGAAUUCAGUGCCUUUUAUAAGGGUUUCAAUGUACUUGAAUUCAUCUCUGAUAGGAAAGCCGUCAACCACAUAAUUUGCUAGCUUGAAGAGUGUCAGAAAUAGCUUUAUCAAGAGGUACAGUUGUAGUUUAAAUCUGCACAAGUCAAAUAAUUGCUUAAGUCAGAGCAAUUCAGACCAGAUAAUGCAAACAUAUGCUAUUCACCUCUUAGAAGUCACAUUUUUGCAAGUCAGUUUUUCGUGGCCCCAGGAGAAUUGAUUAAAGCAGAAUCAUCUGUAUAAGUAUUAUUAAUUUGACCAAUAAGUAUUUAUCUUUAUGUAUCCAUGGGAAAUAUGGAUGCGUGGGCUAGAUGCUUAAAUAUGGUGCUUCUGGCUUUCCAUAGUGAUUUUUUUGUUGUUUUUCUUAAAUCAAUAUAACUUGCUAAGAACCAUGGAGUAAUCAUCAUUUUAAUAAUGGAAACAUUUCUACCCCCUCUAUAUUAUACAUGAAUAUAAUGCAAAGUACAUUUGAAUCUGCUUUAGCAACCACCUGUAUAGAAAGGACACAAAUUUGAUUUUCCCCAGUGAACCAUGCAUCCACCUGCUCAACGAGACUACUUUCCCUGUUUGCCUUCAGUGGUCUUUAUCGAGACAGGUUUUAGUUUAUAUAAUCCCCUCUCUCUCUAGAUAAAGAUUAAACCACCCGAGUAUGAUGAUACUUGUUUGCUUUAUUGGUAGCAGAUGGGUGUUUCAUAAAGCUGUUCGUAAGUUAAGAGCGACUUUAAGAACGACUGGUAAUCCUUUCUUACGUGCUUAACCAUUGCCAAUGAAUAUACCAUUUACCACAAGAAAGGAUCACCAGUCGUUUUUAAAAUCACUCUUAACUUACGAACAGCUUUAUGAAACACCCACCUGGUUAUGUUAUUGCUGAGCAUUACUUGAAAGUUUUGACCUGCAAGCUGAAAACAAGCUUUUAUUGCUUGGAUCUAGAGCCACUCCCAGUUUUGUAUCCAACACAUCUUAUUUGGUGUAACCCUCCUUGAAGAAGAGAAGAGAAUGAGAGCAAGCAACGAUCUGAAACAAACUGUCAAAGCAAUAUUUUCAGACAAGAUUGUGCAAGGCAUGUGUUAUGUUCUGUAAAAUCAAAUUUUACCUCAGUCAAACAGAUUUCUCUUGUUCCGAGACAUCCACUUAUGCAGAUUAACCUGUAGUUCUCAUUAUCAUGGUUUAUUUACUAAAGAGGCAAAGUUUUAAACCAAGUUUGGAGUAAAUUCUGUAUUCCAUAUGCGUAUCAGGCAAGGUUAAAUAAUAUCUUAUUACUUUGUAUGGCUAUUGGUAUGGAGGUAUGUAAAUGCAUGGUGGUUUUCUCUAUCAUUUGGUCACGUUUUCAAUUCCUACUGCAGCAUUAGAUUCCUUUGGCAAGGCAUCAAUCUACACUUUCCACCCAUGUAUUAAAUGGGUACCUUGUAGGAUUUUAAAGCUGAUGUAUGAAGCCUUACAUUUGAGCUUGGAAGCUUUUGUUGAAAUGCUCCCCAGGGUGUGUAGAAAGUGUAAACUUUUUUUGAUGACCACAGAAAUAAUAUAUGCAAAGUGCUUUCCCCAAAGCAGGAAAAGAAAUAACUGAUUCAUUCGAAGGUACAGCCAAGUCCCAAGGAUGCAGCUAUAUUAGGGGGAUUUCUAUUGCUUCUCACAAAGUCUGGUGUCAGUAAAUCGCAAUCUACUCCCCAUAAAAUCUCCACAAGAUUGACUCACUUUAUUGUAAAAGGAGGUUUUCUUCUAGUCACAUUUAAAGUCUAGAAUACGGCAAGGGUUGUCUGAACAAGCUUAUUUGGCGUUGAAAGAAACUUACAUGUAUGUUCAAUUUCAAAGUAAGACAAGUUCUAAAAUCAAUUGUAAUGGCCCAUUGCAAGGCAAGAAAGUUAGAUGCAUUGAACGCAAAUCAACUACAAAUUUGCAUUUAAUCAAAGAAUUACCCUUGAUAUUGAGACUUCUUCUUGAUUUGGAAUUGAAGUUGCAAAGCUCCGUAUGUUUUACCUUCACUUUUGUCUAUCAGAUAGCUAUGCAUUUAUGGAUAGCAUUUUAUCCAUUAAUGUGAAACAAAAUCAUUAUUUACUUCAUAUAGUAGAGUAUGUAAUCAUAGCUCUCACUAAUCAUAUGUUACAAAGCCUCCAUUUACUGUCAUGAAUAAUGUUCAUACAAAUAAUGAAUAAAUUGGUUUUGUUUUUUGUAGAAGUUUGUAUAUUCAGUUUGUUGUCAGGUGGCUAUGCUCCUGUUAUUCCAAAAUUCUGAUUUGUAAUAAAAUGAUUUGUACAGUUGAUAUUA